AUGACGAGCGCUAAGUCUUUCGGGUCGCUCCCUGGCGGUGCCACAUAUCUCCAACAACAACAACAGCACUCACAGCCCUCCAGUGGCCUGUCGCUGCCAGGCCCAUCCCCCUUAUCCCAAUCCUAUAUCCAACCUCAGGCCAAGCCGACGUCGCCGCCUACCGCCGCCACCGGCCCUGGUGCUUCGUCGAACGCCGUGGCGGGUCCAUCGUCACCACCGACACAAGUUCCAUCUACUCCGGCCCCCCUGACGCUGGAACAGCAGCACAUCACCGCUGUUGAGGGCAUUGUGCCUACACUCCAGAACAUCGUUGCAACAGUCAACCUUGAUUGCCGGCUGGACCUGAAGACGAUCGCUUUGCAUGCGAGGAAUGCCGAGUACAAUCCCAAGCGUUUUGCAGCUGUCAUCAUGCGCAUACGCGACCCCAAGACGACCGCGCUCAUCUUCGCGUCGGGCAAGAUGGUCGUCACCGGUGCCAAGUCUGAAGACGACUCCCGCCUCGCGUCUAGGAAAUAUGCGCGGAUUGUGCAGAAGCUGGGUUUCGAUGCGAAGUUCUCUGAAUUCAAGAUUCAGAACAUUGUGGGUAGCUGUGACGUCAAGUUCCCCAUUCGUUUGGAGGGACUGGCUUACAGCCACGGACAGUUCAGCAGCUAUGAACCCGAGCUGUUCCCUGGGCUUAUAUAUCGUAUGAUUAAGCCUAAGGUUGUACUGCUGAUCUUUGUGUCUGGCAAGAUCGUGUUGACGGGAGCGAAGGUCAGGGAAGAGAUCUACACAGCGUUCAACACGAUUUACACUGUGCUUUGCGAAUUCCGCAAGCCAUGA